GGCUAGCAUUUCGCUCGGGUUUACUUUGCGUAUCGGCGGACCAGUUCGGCUCUUGCUUUCAAGCCGCCAGCACCAACUCAUCUUCCCCUAAUCGUUUCCGAUCGCAAGUUCGUCGCAACUUUCAACUUGCUUUGCGCACCAGAAUCGCAGACUUCGCGCGAACUUCAAAACGUGUUCCACAGCCAACUUCCUUACAAUUGCUCGAUUUUUUUAUAGUUGUCCGAACCGUCGCGUUCAGAAUCGCAUUCUACCGGUCGUUCGUUUCUCGCAUUCCUUAAAUCGAUCCUUUGAAAGAACAUUCAAAGAUUUUGAUGUGUGUAUCGCGGGUGUGUACCGCGAAGCAAAUGCUACCCGAUACUCGUUCAAGAAAUUAAUUAUCUUCUCGGAUCUCACAAUCAGGGAGAAACGCAAACGUAAACAAUGCGAUCACGGAAAGGCUUAAUAUGCGCCAUUUUCCUACUGAUGGUGUCUAUCGUGAACGGCAUGCCUGAUUUUUCCGGCCUAACAACCGGCUUGUACUGUGGCAAAAAAUAUCCAUUGGGCGAAUGCUGUCCUGGUCGGCAAGACGAGUGUAGUGCUCCGAUUCUCAACACUCUUUGUUACUGCGAUGACUUUUGCGACAGAACUAGAGAAGAGGACUGCUGUCCAGAUUACUGGAACCAUUGCAAAGGGAUCGAAAUUAAUGUCACUCUACCACCACCGGCAGAAAUAAGACGAUGCUACUUCCAGGGAAAAGAUUACAACGAUGGUCAAACGUUUAGGAUCAAUUGCAACAUAUGUAAAUGUGCCGCAGUGGGUAGGCGUGCUGAAGUACUUUGCGAACAGAAUCGAUGUCUACAAGAACCGGAUUUAAUAAACGAAAUCAAUUCGAACAAUCGGUUGUCAUCUUUGACUUGGAGAGCACGAAAUUAUUCGAAAUUUUGGGGUAGGACAUUAAACGAGGGUGUCCAACUUCGUCUUGGUACCUUAAAUCCAUCACGUUCGGUUUACAGAAUGAACUAUGUGCGACGGAUUUAUAAUCCGGAGUCCCUGCCACGAGAGUUCGAUGCCAGGUCACGAUGGCCUCGUGAGAUUUCGGGUGUAGACGAUCAAGGUUGGUGCGGUGCAUCGUGGGCAAUUUCCACCGCACGCGUCGCUUCUGACAGAUUUGGUGUGAUGAGUAAGGGUGCUGAUAGUGUUCUUCUUAGUGCACAGCAUUUACUUUCAUGCAACAACAGAGGACAGCAAGCUUGUAGCGGUGGAUAUUUAGACAGAGCAUGGUUGUACAUGCGAAAAUUCGGCCUAGUCGACGAAUAUUGCUACCCAUGGGAAGGCAAGAAUGAUCAGUGCAAACUACGAAAAAGAACAGACUUGAAGACCGCGGGCUGUCGCGAUCCAGUAAAUGCGCUUCGAACAGAAUUAUACAAAGUUGGUCCGGCUUAUCGGCUGGGUAACGAAACCGACAUUAUGCAAGAAAUUCUAACAUCAGGGCCAGUCCAAGCCACCAUGAGGGUCUAUCAAGACUUUUUUUCUUACGAAUCGGGAAUAUACAAACAUACAUCGACCACCGAAGACUAUGAAUUCGGUUACCAUUCGGUUAGGAUUAUUGGAUGGGGAGAAGAUACAAUAAUGCAUUAUCACGAUUUGCCGAUCAAAUAUUGGCUUGUUGUUAACUCUUGGGGUCCGCAGUGGGGUGAGGACGGUCUCUUCCGAAUUUUAAGAGGAACAAACGAGUGUGAAAUUGAAUCGUUUGUGCUGGCAGUAUGGGCGAAAACUGUCUAAUGAGAGCUACAAGAGGCAGGAUAUUGUAAUAAUUUCAGUAUAUCUUGCUUUUUCCGUAUACUCUACGCUUCCUUGGCACGUUAGCGAUAUUUUACGGACGCUGCAUUUAUUGAAACAUUGUUCAUCCUAGUCGUUUGAUGCAUUGUGCUUUAUAUUUCCGAGAAUCCAUAUAUUGUGCUAUAUAUUUCCGAUUCACCAUUGAUCCAUCAUUAUUUUUGUCAAACAUGAUUACAUAUAUCUUUACUUCACAGUAAAUAUUAAUGAAUAUUUUCCACCGAGUCGAUUAACGUUUGCGCAUAAUCAAACAGACAAAUAAAGUUUCUCUACUCUAUUGUAUUUUUUCCUUCUUACACUAAUGUCGUAUUACCCGU